GUAGUCCACUUUCCCGUUUUAAAGCGCGGGGUUUAGACAGCUCCCGUCUCUGCAGGGGCCGCAGGGUGGACGGGUUGGCGUCCCCGCCUGGUGCCUCCUGCACCACAUCCUAAUAAAGCUCCGGCCCGGCGAGAAGCCGCCGUCGGUUCUGGACCUUGUAAACAGUCCGCUGUGUGAGCGCCGUGCUGCGGGGCGCUCGGAGCGCAUCGGCCGUGUUGUGCAGACGGAGCCCGACCCAGCGACGCUGCAGCUGGUCUGACUGACUCGCGGCACAUCUGGAUAAAAAAAAAAUAAAGAAAUAAAAAAAAACAAAAAAAAGUCGAAUCGCAAAGCGGGACGUGAAUACUUGACGCCUACCUGGCCAGCACUGGAAUUACUAUUGGUUUGAUCCCGACUGCCCAAAGUGGAUUACAGCUUGUAGCGGACUGAGCUCUCUGAUCCGUGGCAGUAUGAACCUGGGUGUGGGCUGUGUGUGCCGGGCUGCCCGCGUGCCCUCGGGCGUAGUGCUGGACUCCAGACACUGUGUCUUUGCCCUCACACUCUUUACUCUGCUAAUGCGGGCGGUGGUGGAGGCCAACUCAUGGUGGUCUCUAGCCAUGAACCCUAUGCUCAUCCCAGAGGCCUACAUCAUCGGCGCCCAGCCUCUGUGCAGCCAGCUGGCGGGGCUCUCGCCGGGCCAGAAGAAGCUGUGCCAGCUCUACCAGGACCACAUGCAGUACAUCAGCGAGGGCGCCAAGACCAGCAUCCGGGAGUGCCAGUACCAGUUCAGACACCGGCGCUGGAACUGCAGCACCGUGGACAACUCCUCCGUUUUUGGACAGGUCAUGCAUAUCGGCAGCAGAGAGACCGCGUUCACUUACGCCAUCGGCGCGGCAGGCAUGGUGAACGCAGUGAGCCGCGCCUGCAGAGAGGGGGAGCUGUCCAGCUGUGGGUGCAGCCGUGCGGCUCGCCCCAAAGACCUGCCCCGGGACUGGCUAUGGGGCGGCUGCGGCGACAACCUCAACUACGGCUACCGGUUCUCCAAGGAGUUUGUGGACGCCCGCGAGCGGGAGAAGGGCGUUACCAAAGGCACACCUGAGAGCGCCCGGGUGAUGAUGAAUCUCCACAACAACGAGGCAGGACGGAGGAUGGUGUCAGACCUCGCCCACGUGUCCUGCAAGUGCCACGGCGUGUCGGGCUCCUGCAGCCUGAAGACCUGCUGGCUGCAGCUGGCCGACUUCCGCAAGGUGGGCGACGCGCUAAAGGAGAAGUACGACAGCGCUGCCGCCAUGAAGCUCAACACGCGGGGCAAGCUGGUGCAGAUGCACAGCAAGUUCAACCCGCCAACCAGUCACGACCUGGUGUACAUCGAGUCCAGCCCGGACUACUGCCUGUGGAACCACAGCACGGGCUCCCUGGGCACCGUGGGGCGCCUCUGCAACAAGACGUCCGAGGGCAUGGACGGCUGCGAGCUCAUGUGCUGCGGCCGCGGCUACGACCAGUACAAGGCCCAGAUCGUGGAGCGCUGCCACUGCAAGUUCCACUGGUGCUGCUACGUCAAGUGCAAACGCUGCACCAAAAUCGUAGACCAGUUCGUCUGCAAGUGAGGAGGAGGAGGAGGAAGAGAAGCGUUGUCUGUUUGUGAACGAGGGGCGCACUCGUCUUUUGAGUCUCUAUGAGCAGAGGAACAAAGGAGUCGAACACAGAGAGAGAGAAAGGAAGAAAGAAAAAAAAACUAUAUAAAUUAUAUUUAUAGAGUUAAACAAUUAUACCGAUGCAAAAAGAC